CAACAAGUUUUACCAACAGACGUGCAGUCCGCAAAGUUGCUAAAUUGUUCGACAGAUUUUGAAAAUUAAUAAUAUUCGUGACCGUUUGAUAUUUGUGCUCGGCUAUCACAUGAAAUACUUGUGUUAUCGCAUUGUCCUUUGAUGUAUACGUUUCAUUUAUCUUAAACAUAUUGCUGCAAUUGGUGGUGAAAGGUGACGCCGAACACGACACGUUUUAAGAAUUUCACACUUUUUGCACUAUCGAAAUGCAUUUAAAAGGUGUUAAGAAUAGACUGAAAGAUGAAACGCUGGACCUUAGCUUGUGUGACCUGAAAGAAGUGCCUGUUCGAGAAAUUGCAACUAUCAAGAAAGCGACACACUUGGAUUUAUCCAGUAAUCUUUUGACUUCUUUACCAGUGAAUUUCGUACAACUUAAGCAGAUCGUUAAACUGGAUCUCAGUAGAAACAUGUUAACAGAGAUACCUGUUAAUUUUGGAGAAUUGAGACAAUUAAAACAUUUAGACCUUUAUGGGAAUCAAAUAAGUAGAUUGCCACUUAGUUUAAGUGAAUUAAAGAAUUUGAGAUGGUUGGAUUUAAAAGAGAACCCUCUGACUCCUGCUGUGGCCAGCGUUGCUGGUCCUUGUAGCAAUUCGAGCGAGUGUCAAGCAUGUGCUCAUAAUAUUGUUGCCUAUUUGUCGCAAGUGAAAGUUAUGAUGGAAGAAGUAGGGGAAAAACUGCGAAAACUAAAUACAGCGGACACAGAAAAGAACAGCACGGCAAAGAAGGGGGGUAAAAAAAAGAAAAAGAAAGUAGCAGAUAAGAAACAAGAUUUAGAUAGCGAUAUUACUAAUUCUCAGAAUGAAGAGUUCCACGAAAGUGAACCUCCGACGGAACCUUCGACGUUAAAUAAUAAUCAUCAAGAUAAUAAUGAACAAGCAUCUAGAGGGAGUGGAUAUCGAUUCCUCACACUUCUUGCAUGGUCUCUUUUCUUCGGCCUUUUAUUUAUACUGAUAAUCGUGAUUCUUCCUCUAUAUGUGAAAGAGGCAGAAUCGUUCGUGAAUUACAUCGAAGCCAACACGGGUGUGCGUUUGAAGGAUUUUCGAAAGCACAGUAUAGAUACGUUCGACGCUUUGAAGCAGGCUGCAAAUAACGUCUACAACGAUUUGUAUCGCGCCUACGACAGAAGUUUUAAAACAGAGACGGACAUUCCAAGAUAAGCAUCCCAGGAGGAGCAACAAGGAGGAUACACAUUCAGGGCUAUUAAAGGUAACGAAUAUAAAUCAUGUUUACAGAUCAUUAUUUAUUUCGAAAAAUAAAAGAUUCUUACAAUAUA